AUGACAGCAGAGAGAGCAGACUACGAUGGAGUUGGAGAGUCUGUGUAUCAAUUCCGGGACGAAAGCGAUGAAGGGAUGUACGAGCGCGGAUAUGAGGAGAACGAGACGAAUUCGUUGAAGCUACGCAACUUUGUUGAGGAUGAUCUUUACCAGUCUGAUGGGCAGAUGCAUUACAGGAACGAGGAGGAGAUGAGGCUUAGAUAUGGGCGGAAGAAGAAGGAGAAAAGAAAGAAGAAGAAGAACGAUGAGAACAGAAGGCCGUCUAACAGGAAGAUUGUGAAUCUGCCUGCACCACCGCCAUAUGUGCGGUUUGUGGAUGGAGAGGAGCGGCUGUGCUUCAAGUACGUGACGAAGGUAAGCGAGUCGGCGAGGGAUGCAAUGCCAAAAGCGGAUCUUGAGGACAACGAGUUUUGCGUGAGGUUUGAUCUUGACAGCGUUGACAUUGGCAAGCUGAACGAAAAGUUCAAGGCAGACAACUGUGUAUAUCCCAGAGCGAAUCUUCCGAACGAGAUGUACACUGGGAACCGAUGGGGAUUUGAGACCGAGUGCAAUAGGCUUGCGUGGCAGUUUGUUUCAUUGAAUCCAGUUUUGCUAUAUGGAAAGAAAGGGCUUAUACAAAGAGCAGUUGACUCAUACAGGACGAUCAAUAAGCAGAGCAGAAACAAGAAGGUGAUAAGGGAGGAUCGUUUUCCCAACGACAUUGAGAAACGAAGGCAUGUGUCUGGAGCGCCGUCGACUGUUACGAUCCAGUGGACAAACAGGGGUGUUCCAAAGAGAUGCAAGAUCCAGAUGAACAUUGAGAACAUCAAUUAUGAAAAGAUUGAUGAGGAAUUCAAGUCGAAGUUUUCUGUGUUUAUGGAUGACUUUGAUGACAGGUCGUUUGGAAAGAGCAGGUGGGAGAGCUACAAUGCAGACAAUGAGCUUGCGGUGAAGAUUGCGUUUUUGAAUGUUGAGAAUACUUCUUUCUGGAAUGCAAUCAAGGCGCUUGACAAGACAACUGUCAUGAAGAAAGCCAUUGAGGCAUACCGGCAGAAGAAGGAGGAGUACAUGAGCUCCGAGGAUGACACAGAGAUGUCUGACAUUGUGACCAGCACUCUUGAGAACGCAUCUGUGGAUAUGAAGAGUUGUAACACAGAGAGUUUCUACUUCUGUAAUUGA